AUGUUUUUUUUCAUCCAGAUGUCUUGUCUAUCUGAGCUGAAUUCGGGUCCUGUCAUUCUUCCGAGCGCCCCAUUCUCCUCUUGUCUGCAUCCCGGUGCCCGCUUUGUCGGCAGCCAACUCUCUAAGGGCAAGAAAUAUAACGUUGAGGCGGUCAUUCAGACAACCAACUUGCCCGAAAAGACUUUCUAUGGUCUGCUGACAAUAGAACACCUAGCCGAGGAGAUUCCCAACUCCACCACCUUCUUUGAGGCCGAAAUUAUUAGCCGCAAGUUCCCCUUCACCACCGGCAAGUGGGAUGCCACUGUGGAAAUUGACCGAAGCCACUGGAAUGAACUAAACGUGCCCUCCAAGUUUCCUGACUACUACAAAGACUCCUUCGACUACUCCGCCCUGGAAACUGCUGACCAUGUGUUUAUGCGCUGGAAGGAGAAGUUUCUAGUGCCAGACUCGACAAACAGCAGCGCCAGUGAACACAUCUCCUUCUCGGGUUUUUACUAUGUCUGCCUUCGAAAAAGCACUGGCGUCCUCACCGGUUACUACUACCAGGGCACCUCAGAACGGUUUCAGCUCCUCGAGUUGAACUAUGUGCCCCAGGCCACUUUCUCGUCAUUUCAAUUUAUUUAA